UCUUUGUCUAUAGUCAAGUCCAAGUCCACAGUGUAGUAUCCAAAACCAAUUUUGUCACGUUCUAUCACAUAUACAUGAAUCUCUUCUUCGUCGAUUAUCCACGUAACUGAAUUAACACUCAAGGAUAAAGAACUUUGAAGGAAGACUGCAACGUCAUUACACACGCACGUACGGAUCAGUAUUGUUCCGUUCACACUUCACACUCAGUCAAAUAGUCAAGCACUUCCACAACCUUGUAUAAAUACUCCAGUCGCUUACCAGUUACGUAUAACACCACCAAAAUAAUCAAAUAGCCGGCGAUGGAAACACCUAAAGGCACCAUCAUCUACACUACCGUUGGUCGAACUCACUACGGCUUCGACGUCUUCUCUCUCCACAUCGCCACUUCCGUUGAACGCCGUUUAACAGACGGCGUUUCCGUUAACUUCAACGCUCAAUUCACCGGCGAUGAUGUCGUCUUUGUUUCUGAACGAACCGGGUCCGCCCGGGUUUACAGAACCCGACCCGGAAAACCUGAACCCGAACAGCUUCCCGGAGCUCCGGAUAGCUACUUCCACGACCGUCCCAUCAUCGUUAGUCAAUCCAACAAGCUCUAUUUCAUCUCCGCUCACGAGCAGCCUGAUCGUCAUUUCAAGAACUGGUCUGCGCUUUACGCCGUGGAGCUCAACGGUGAUAAGAGAGAGGUUACACGUGUCACUCCACCAGACGUCGCCGAUUUUAGCCCUGCGGUUUCUCAAUCGGGAGAUUUCUUAGCCGUCGCGUCCUAUGGAUCUCGAUCAUGGGGAGGUGAGUUUCACGAGAUCAACACUGAUAUUGUUGUUUUCAAAGCAUCUGAACCGGAGAAGAGAUUAGUGAUUUGCGAGCAUGGCGGAUGGCCGACUUGGUCUGGCGAUUCUACUGUUUUCUUCCACCACCAAGCAGACGACGGUUGGUGGAGCAUAUUCCGGGUCGAUAUACCGGAAAAUUUCCAGGAAUAUUCCGAUUUCCCUAUCUUACCGAUCCGAGUCACUCCAUCUGGACUCCAUUGUUUCACUCCUGCAGCUUUCCACGACGGGAAACGAAUCGCCGUCGCAACUCGCCGUCGCGGCGUCACUUACCGUCACAUCGAGAUUUACGACCUUGAACACAAAACGUUUCAGCCAGUGACUGAGCCACUCAAUCCGAGUUUCCACCAUUACAACCCCUUCGUAUCUGCCAACUCCGAGUUCCUCGGCUACCACCGGUUCAGAGGCGAGUCGACUCAAGGCGAGUUAAUCGUUCCGAACAUAGAAUCCAUCGUUUCACCAAUCAAAACCCUCAGCUUACUCAGAAUAAACGGAUCAUUUCCAUCAUCAUCACCUAACGGUGAUCUAAUCGCACUAAACUCCGAUUUCGACAUCAACGGUGGCAUUAAAAUCGCGAAAUCCGACGGCUCAAAACGAUGGACGUUGAUCAAAGACCGUACAGCUUUCUACAAUUCAUGGAGUCCAACGGAGCGUCAUGUAAUCUACACAUCUCUCGGUCCAAUCUUCAGUCCGGCGAGUAUGGCUGUUCAGAUAGCACGAAUUAAGUUCGAUCCGUCAGAUCUCACCGCCGAUAAAGAAGAGCUCCCAUGUGAUGUGAAGAUUCUCACUCUAGACAACACUGGGAACAACGCUUUCCCGUCUUGCUCUCCGGACGGCAAAUCAAUCGUGUUCCGAUCUGGUAGAUCAGGUCAUAAGAAUCUCUACAUUGUAGACGCCGUUAACGGAGAAUCUGACGGCGGUGAAAUACGACGGUUAACGGAGGGGGAAUGGAUCGACACUAUGCCUUGUUGGUCUCCGAAAGGAGAUCUCAUCGGGUUCUCAUCUAACCGGCACAACCCAGCGGACACCAGUGCGUUCGGUGCUUACGUGGUGAGACCUGACGGUUCUGGUUUGAGGAGGAUUCAAAUUGCUGGACCGGAAGGGUCGGAGGAAGCGGCGAGGGAGAGAGUUAAUCACGUGAGUUUCAAUAAGGACGGUGAUUGGUUAGUAUUCACGGCGAAUCUCUGUGGAAUAACGGCGGAGCCGGUGGCGAUGCCGAAUCAGUUUCAGCCGUACGGAGAUUUGUACGUUGUGAAAUUGGACGGGACAGGGUUGAGGAGGCUGACGUGGAAUGGAUAUGAAGAUGGGACUCCUACGUGGCAUACUGUAGAUGAAUUGGAUCUGAGUCGGUUAAGUUUGAACGGUCAAGAUGGUGAUAAGCUUGAAGGUCAGUUUGAGGAGCCGUUGUGGAUUUCUUGCGAUAUCUGAAUAUGUACGAGUCUUCUUUAUCUAUAUUAAGACAGUCAAAGUACUAUUAUGUAAUGUCACUUUUUUAUACCAAUAAAACUUUCAAAAAUAAAUUAUUUCCACUC